CAAGAAACCCCUGUACUAUAUGAACUAUACAGCUCUGCAGCAUCACAACACCGGCGGCGGCGGCGGCGUUAAGCUAUCUAGCUAACCAACCUCAGCAUUCGCUAAAGUUUCUCGUCAGGCAAAUUAUCUCUGUGCAUAAAAAUGUCGUCUUUAAGGAAUGCAAUCCCGAGAAGGGCUCACAAGGAGCGUGCCCAGCCACAAUCUAGAAGGAGAUUUGGGCUACUCGAAAAGCAUAAGGAUUAUGUUAAGCGUGCGCAAGCUUACCACCAAAAGGAGCAAGCUAUUCAGAAACUUAAAGAAAAAGCGGCCUUUAAGAACCCAGAUGAGUUUUACUUCAAGAUGGUUAAAACAAGAAUGGUUAAUGGAGUCCACAGAUUGGAGAGUGAAGCAAACAAGUAUACUAAAGAAGAGCUCAUGCUGAUGAAGACUCAGGACAUUGGAUACAUUUUUCAGAAACUUCAAACCGAAAAAAAGAAAAUCGAGAGGCUAAGUGGGAUGCUGCAUUACCUUGAUGAUGACAACCACUCGUCAAACAAGCACGUUUAUUAUGCUGAGGACAGGGAUGAAGCUAGAGAACUACGAUCUAAAGUCCCGGAAAACAGAGGAAAGCCUUUUUUCAAGGACUUGCCUAAGGAUAUCCAAAGAAAAACAGCUGCUUCCUACCGAGAACUCGAGGCUAGGAAAAACAGAGUCCAGGAGCUAGAGAAAAUUUACAUGGAUAUGGCUAUGCAGAAAGAAUUGCAGAAAAAGGGCAGAAAGCGCAAACUUCGUGAAGAUGAAAUUGUCUCUUCGGCCUCAGGACCUGUGUACAAGUGGCGGCAGGAAAGAAAACGCUAAGACGAUAUUUUUUUUUUCAUUGUGUUGAUUAAAUAGAUUCAAAAUUUAGGAACUAAGGACUGUAACAAAAUUUUCUGCUGUAAAAGAUUCUCAGCAGUUUUGGAAUGAAAUAUAUCAUGGGGCAUCUUCAUACCUUUUAUCUCGGUUAUCCAUCAUUUCAAUGUAAUGUACUAAGGUUGUGAAGAAAGUUUUGCUAAUAUAUAUGAUUGCCUUUUAUUUUAU